AUGCAUCAUCAGUAUUAUUUGAGGAGAAACGAGUCAAACACAAACCUGAACAACCAACCCGGAGCUAGGCAAGAGGGUGAUCCAUUUUCCACUGUCAUUUACCCUAACGAGCCACCCGAAGCUGAGCAAGCGGGUGAUCCAUUUUCAGCUGGAAAUAUGGGUGACAAAGGGGAUGAAGGAGAACAACCAAGUACCAGGGACAUGCUCAAUGAUUUGGCUAGAGAGCAGAGAGAGCUUCAUAUGACAUUACAGCGGAUGGCAACUCUUAUGACACGACAUUUAACAACCAUGAACAAUGGAAACAACCAGAAUCAAGGCAAUAAUAACCCAGGUGGGCAAGGGAAUGAUGGGAACAAUGGCAACGGUGAUGGCUCAGUAAAUAAUGGGGUUGCUAGGCAGCAGAAUAGAGCAGGAUCAGCAAGUAGUAGGCCUCUUAUGCCUCAAUUUCCGCCAAGACACAAUGAUCAAAACAAUAAUGGACCCACUCAACAGGAGAUGCAGAAUCAGAUUUUGAAUGACUGGAGGAACUCUGGGUUAGAUUUUUAG